AAAAAUUUGACAAUAAUUUACUGUAAUUGGAGCCGUUUAUAUAUAUAUCUCGACAAGUGAGCAGUUUUCCUUUAUUAUGAGUUCAUCUCCAAACUAGUUUUCGUUCUCAGAACAGCAUGGAUUCCAACUUUGCUCUAGCAGUUGAUCCUCAGGUGCCCCAUGAGCCUAUGGAUUUUCUUUCACGAAAUUGGUGCAACUCUGCACUUCAAGUCUUCCAACCAGUGGAACAAGAUCAAUCAAUUGUUCAUCAAGAUAGUCUGGUUAAGGCCUUGGAGAAUGAUAUUAAAUCUCCAUCGUUGAACAUGGACAAGAGCUUAAAAAUGGAUGAAGGAUACCUCAAGUCUGUACCGCCAUGGAAAUCAAACGAUGUAAAGUCAUGGAUCUGGCUUCAACAAGCGAUGCAUCCAGAACUAAACUAUGAUCGAUGUUUCCGAAAGAGAUGGGACUAUUGGAAGUUUAUGCCAUUUAAGAACAUUUCAGUGAAGAAGUGGUUGAAAGAGAUAAGGUUGAAGAGAAAGGAGGAAGAUAGAUUGCAGAGAGCUGAAGUGCAUGCAGCGAUAUCAGUUGCCGGUGUGGCAGCUGCACUGGCAGCCAUUGCUGCAGAGAACAAUAAACAGAACCAGCCCAGCACAACAAAAGAAGCAGCUAUGGCUUCUGCAGCUGCUUUGGUGGCAGCUCAGUGCGCACAAGUCGCAGAAGCCAUGGGUGCCAAGAGGGAACAGCUCAGCGUUGUCAUGGGUUCUGCUAUGACCAGUACCAGUGCCAAUGAUAUCUUGACACUUACAGCUGCAGCUGCAACAUCACUGAGAGGAGCUGCUACACUAAGGGGAAGGUCGGGUCUCAGGGACAGAAUAAAUGGGAGAUCACCCAUACUCCCUAUUGAAGAGAACAGUAAUAUUGACUUUGACUUUGAAAAGUGUAGAUGUCUGCUUGCCAAGGGAUUAGAGCUUAACAUCGAAUCAUCCGACGGGAAGUGUUUGUCAAGAUCUGUCUCAAUCAUCCUCAACAAUGAAACAAAGGUUAUUCUGAAAAUUAGGAAGACCAAUGUUGUCACAGCCUUUGCAAGAACAAGAGAAAGUGUUGUGCUUGACUUGCAUGCUGAGCUUUAUAAGGACCCGACCGGCGAAGAUACCGACUCAUCAUACCUUAUUGUGUUGACAACAAGUAGGGGAGUGAUCAAGCUAGACAUGGAUGAUGAUUAUGCUUGUUACAGGAUGUGGGCUAUGACCAUAAAACAUAUGCUGAUGCUCUCUACUACAUUUAGAAGAUACGAACUCCAAUUCUACAGGAGUUGAGUAGUCCAUCAUGUUGAAUUUGCAAUCCAAUUGGACAAUUCUAUAAGCGUUGUUCAAUAAUUUACACUCCACACAUGGAACUCUAAGAGUGGUGUUUCAUUUUAGAAAUUAGGAAUGUCUGGCUAUAGUUAUAAAGUAAUUAUUUUUAUUUUAUUUUUCUUUAAUUUUCAUGAUUUUGAACAUACAAAUUUGGAAUUGUGUUGAACUUUUUACAAAAUGGGCCUAUGGAUUU